UUCAGUCUUGGUACGACAGAAGACUGUCUGAACAUUAGCAUGCCAAGUUGCUUACUGGGAUACUGAGCAUUAUGAUAGGCGUUAAUUGGAGUGGCUUGAGCUGAUGCGCAUUAAUUGGAAUGGACGCUGCAAACUUAGGGGCGCUGCCAACUGCAAGGACUUCAGGGGCUUGCACUGGAGGGCAUAGCCAAAACGAAACUCCAAGCAGAAGCGAGAAGGAGAAACGGCAUCGAAAUCGAAAGAAAACUCCGCCACCGGGAACCCCGCAGAAUGUGUCAGCCGCUGGAACCCCGUCUAGUCGACCCCACAAAUAUCGGAAGAACUCCCAUUCAAUGCUAAGAUGGACCCCCCAUUUGAAGACUACUUGGACAAGGAGGCUGUCCAACGUGGGCUGAAGUUGAAGAAGUUAAUUCAGGGAGUUUUGAGAAUCAACCAGAGGAAAUAUGAAGACGCCUAUGUGGACGAUCCGGAAGGGGGAGGGGACUACUAUGUCAGUGGUGUUCAUAGGCGAAACAGGGCACUGGAUGGAGAUGUGGUAGUGCUGGAGGUCCUACCCCCAGACAAAUGGCUAAGUAUAUCAAAAGCUGAAACAGCCUCUGCCACUGAUGGUCCUACUGAUGGCCCAUGUUCCACUGCUACACUGGUCGACAGACUGUAUAAUGUCCCAGAUAGUAUGAAGGUAGGUCGAGAAGGAGAGGAGGAAGUGGAGGGAGAGGCACAUCGAAGGUACCAGAGAGAGCUCAUGAAAUACCGCAGAACGACAAAGGUGGUGUACAUUGUGGAGAAAGGGCACAGUCGAUCUUUUGCCGGUCAUCUAAAAGCAUUUGACAAGGAUAAAGGCCUGGCUCUCCUGUCGCCCAAGGACAGCAAGAUACCUCGUGUUGUCAUCCCUAUAGCCGACUGCCCUCCAGACUAUGUCCAGGAGCACCAGAAGUAUAAGAACACUCUGUUCAUUGGGAGGAUCUUAUCCUGGGAGAGAGACUCCCCUUUUGCCAGAGGGGAGCUGAUGAGGAGCGUGGGAGAGGCUGGGGAGAUAGAGCCAGAGACGGAGUCGUUUCUCGUGGAGAAUGACAUCGAGUUUGGAGAAUUUCUCCCCGAGGCCCUCGAAUGCCUCCCUCGACAGACACCAUGGACAAUACCUCAGGAGGAAGUAGGGCGAAGGAGGGACUUCAGAAAGGAGUGUGUGUUCACUAUUGAUCCAGAGACUGCAAGGCUUGCCAAGGGGCUCAAGGGACAGAGAGAGUCAAAGGGAACACUGCGCCUCAACCAGCCAAAGCUAAAGUUCACUCUGAACAAGGAAACCGGUCUCCCCAGUGGAUGUGAUGUGUAUGUUCAGAGAGAGAGCAACAGGCUGAUCGAGGAGUUCAUGUUGCUGGCCAACAUGGCAGUGGCUCACAAGAUAUGGAGGACUUUCCGUGACAGAGCCCUUCUCCGGAGGCACCCUUCUCCCAAGGAGAAAUCAGCCCAGUUCCUGGUGCAGAAGUUUGCCAGUCUCGGAAUCCCACUGGAUGUCAGCACUGCAGCCUCCAUUCAGAGCUCCCUGGACCAGUAUCUCGGCACCACAAGCGAUGAGGAGACAAAUUCUAUGCAGAAGAUGGUGUUGGUAUCCAACUGCUCAAAGAUAAUGGAGCUGGCCCGCUAUUUCUGCACCGGGACCGUUGAGAAAGAGGCGGAGUUCAAACACUACGCUCUCAACGUUCCUCGCUACACCCACUUCACCUCCCCCAUCAGGAGAUACGCCGACAUCGUCGUCCACCGACAGCUCACCAGCUCUCUCGGUGAAGGGCCGGAUUUCACGAUGAUCAUGGAGGAGGUGGAGUCACAGGCUCAUCACUGCAACAAGAAGAAGAAAUCUGCCAAGACAGUUGAGGAACUGAGCAUGCAGAUGUUCUUCGCCAUAUUCAUAAAGGAGUGUGGAGGUAUUAGAGGCCGGGGGAUUGUGGUCCAAGUAUUGGACAAGGCAAUCGAUGUUCUCGUGCAAGAUUAUGGAGUCAUAAAGAGGGUCUAUUGUGAGUAUCUUGUACUGGAGAAGUAUGAAGCACACCAGAAGAAGGGGGAGUCUGCUGUCUGCAGUAUCACCCUGGAGUGGCCUGGAGAAGGUGGUGGCCCCACCAUCAAACAGGAUCUGAGUACGAUGUCUGUGGUGGAUGUUGAACUCACUAGUGGCCAGAAACCUCUGCAGUUUGAUGCGAAGAUUCUCCGGCCACCACAGCCAGUACUUGAGUCUACAUGAGAAGAUUUUAAUGGUUCAUCUUCUGCUAUAACAUGUAUAUACAACAGAUUUUUAACUCUUUGUGCACUGUCGCCAUAUUAAUGAAAUAGUCUAUUACAGUCAGUGUGCUGCUGUGUUAUGCAAUAUAAAACACUCUACAUGCACAUAUAUAUCUGGAUACUGCACCAUGUUCAAAAGAUAUUGAGUGCAUCUACUGAAUGUGAAAUUAACAGUCUAUUGCAGUACAAGUCAAGUGUGUUCAUGACGGGGUGUGUAGGGGGAUGUGAUGAUCCGUGAUCUUGGCCUCAGGUCUUGGUGACUCUGGCCUCAAUGUACUCCACCUGUCUCUCCAGGUUUGUCAGUUUCUGGUUCAACAGAGCCAACCUUGAUCGUGCAGACAGGUCAAAAGCGUUGAGGAACUCCGCAAUCCUCUUGACGCUGGAGGCAAUGGUCUCCACAAACUCCCUGUUGUUCCAGUCCUGCUGGAUCUGACUCUGGACCGACGACAUUCUCCACCGUCCCUUUCACUCCCGCUGUACGUAGCUACUCUUUCGCCGCAGAAGCGUUCUCGAUCAGUCCCAAACAGAGGUCAGUACGCGGGUAUACCAAAAUUGCUGAGUCAGCACAGAAUAACUGCUG